AUGUGGACCUCAAAUCAACGUUCUGGGUUUCAGGACGGGUUCGAGUGCUACGAGGUUCAAGCCUGCGUCAAGGACUACUGCUUCGGCCGCGCCGACCGGGUGGUGGGCCUGGCCGUGGUGCAGCUGAGGGACAUCAUGGAGGGGGGCAACUGCGCCUGCUGGUGCCCCCUGGGGCAGCGCAUCUCCAUGGACGACACGGGCCUGACCGCCAUGCGGAUCCUCUCCCAGCGCUCCAACGACGACGUCGCCAAGGAGUUCGUCCGGCUCAAGUCCGAGACCCGAUCAGCAGAGGAGGGAAGAUGAGGCUCUGCUUGAUGCAGUGGCACUGCUUUGACCUCUGACCUGUCUUGGCUGCUGUGUAAAACCUCACCAGCUUCCAGUGUUCUUCAACUUCACAUUUUUUUAAGUCUCGUCCGCCUCUACUGAGGAGACAGAACCCAUCCAGAACCUGUCAAAGGGCCGAAUAAGAACCCACCCGCCCCGAGUGUUCUUGUGCAAUAACUCCAACCCACCCCUCCCAAAGUGUGGCCAAGUGGUUCAAGCCUUACACUCUGCAAGCUGUGAAUGUGUGUUCAUGUAAAAGGAAA